AUGUCAACAAGUAAGUUCAGGAGAAUCGAUUCAGUCACCUAUUGGUCUGAUUCAACUGUAGUGCUUAGUUGGAUACGAAAUUCUAACAAAGAAUUCAAACAAUUUGUUGAAAAUCGAUUACUAGAGAUAAGAAGACUGGCAUCCCCCGAAGUAUGGAAGUUUGUCCCUACAAAACAAAACCAAGCAGACAUUGCAUCCCGAGGAACAACAGCAACCCAGUUUGUAGAAAACAAAUUGUGGUGGAACGGUCCUGAAUAUCUAAUAAAGUCUAAUGAACGUUGGCCACCCCAACCUUGCAAUUCCCAAGAGAACGAUUCCGAGUUAAAAUCUCCGCGAGUAAGCAUUAUUAGAUCAACCGUUAAUGUCGCACAAAUUCCAAAUAUUAUGGAAUUAAUGGAUACCUCGAAAUACAGCAUUAUUGGAAGAUUACUUCGUGUUACAGCGUAUGUCUUACGUUUCAUUGACAAUUUCAAGAAACACGUAGAGAAUCUUGAUACCACGGUUGGACAGAUUACCUGUGAGGAGAUCGACAACGCAGAACUGAAUGGAUUAAAGACAUUCAAUAUCCAAUGUCCAAACAAACAAACUAUCGAAAAGUAA